AUGGCCGGAGGAGGAGGAGAGCUCACGGCGGCUCUGCUGAAAAAGACGGCGGAGAACGGCGGAGAAGAGGAUGAGUUGGGGAUGAAGGAGAAGGUUUGGAUUGAAUCUAAGAAGCUAUGGAUUGUGGCGGCUCCAGCGAUAUUCACGAGAUUCUCUACGUUCGGAGUGUCUUUGAUAAGUCAAGCUUUCAUCGGCCAUCUUGGCCCGAUCGAGUUGGCCGCUUACUCCAUCACUUUCACCGUUCUCCUCCGUUUUAGCAAUGGUAUUUUGUUAGGUAUGGCCAGCGCACUAGAAACACUAUGUGGUCAAGCCUACGGAGCCAAACAGUACCAUAUGCUUGGAAUCUACCUCCAAAGGUCGUGGAUUGUCCUCACUGGUUGCACCAUUUGCCUCAUGCCCGUCUACAUAUUUUCGGGUCCUAUCCUCUUAGCCUUAGGUCAAGAGGAACGCAUUGUCCGUGUGGCUCGAAUCAUAGCUCUAUGGGUCAUAGGCAUCAACUUCUCCUUUGUGCCUUCCUUUACUUGCCAAAUGUUCCUCCAAGCUCAGAGCAAGAACAAGAUCAUUGCCUAUGUGGCGGCUGUCUCCUUAGCGGUCCACAUCUUCUUGUCAUGGCUCCUAAUGGUUCAUUUCGAUUUUGGGAUCACCGGUGCUAUGACCUCAACAAUGGUUGCUUUCUGGUUGCCUAACAUUGCGCAGCUCUUGUUCGUCACGUGCGGUGGGUGUAAGGACACGUGGAGAGGAUUCUCUAUGUUGGCUUUCAAAGAUUUAUGGCCAGUCUUCAAACUAUCCUUGUCUUCCGGUGGAAUGCUUUGCUUGGAGUUAUGGUACAACUCGAUCUUGGUAUUGCUCACAGGAAAUUUGAAAAACGCAGAGGUGGCUCUCGAUGCACUUGCAAUCUGCAUUAACAUAAAUGGAAUGGAGAUGAUGAUAGCACUUGGGUUUUUGGCAGCAGCAAGUGUUAGAGUGUCCAACGAGCUCGGUAGAGGAAACGCAAAAGGAGCCAAGUUUGCAACAUUGACAUCGGUUUUCACAUCACUCUCUAUAGGGACAUUUUUAUUCUUUGUCUUCUUAUUUUUAAGAGGAAGAGUUUCUUACAUUUUCACUUCAAGUGAAGCUGUGGCCGCAGAAGUUGCUAAUCUUUCUCCACUUCUAGCCUUCUCCAUCCUCAUGAACAGUGUUCAACCCGUUCUUUCUGGAGUUGCAGUUGGAGCAGGAUGGCAAAAAUAUGUUACUUACGUUAACCUUGCUUGCUAUUACCUUGUUGGAAUUCCUUGUGGUGUUUUUCUUGGUUAUGUCGUCGGUUUAGAAGUCAAAGGUGUAUGGAUCGGGAUGCUCUUUGGAGUAUUUGUUCAGACUUGUGUGCUUAGCAUAAUGACUCUGAGGACAGAUUGGGAUCAACAGGUGUCUACAUCGUUGAAAAGUUUAAACCGAUGGAUUGUACCAGCAGAAUCUAAAGAUGUAAACCAAACUUCAGCAGAGGAAUAG